AUGCUGCGCCCAAGGCUCGCGGUUCUGCGACAGGGACGUUCGGCGCUGCCGAUCAACCCGAUCGCCAGCUCCCAGACGAGACGGGCCGUAUGCACAAGGCCCCUAACAACACAGUCACAGCUCUUUGCGGCAACGCCACGACCGAGCCUCCCUUUCCUAACUCCUCCAUCAUCGAAUACUACAUCAGUACGCUACUUCACCUCUACGCGCAGCGGCUGGAUCAGACACGAGGUCAAGCUGGCCGCUCGCUACACCUUGACCCUCUGGGGCAUGCUCGCCGCCGGGCUGGUCAUCCUCUUCUUCGUCCAGGAGGAGCUCGUCGAGCGCGAGCACCCGACGCCGCACGAGUGGACGUACAUGACGCGCAAGUUCCUGCGCGACGCCAAGAAGCUGGAGGACCCCAAGGACGGCAACAUACAGUGGGCCAACGCCCUGGGGCGCGCGCGCAGCGCGCUGAUGCGCCUGAGCGACCCGCGCAAGGACGGUGCCGGCCUGGUGGCCCUCUCCGACGAGGCGACCGACCCUACGCUACAAGACCCGGUUGAGUUUGUGCCCUACGACAUCACCGCCAAGUCAGAGGAGUGGCGCCGCGGCUACUUUGAGGCGCUGAUGAUGGCAGCCAAGACAGCCGAGCACGUCGACGGCUGGGUGCUUGACGUCACCCGCAACAUGGUCUCGCCGGCCAAGUUCGUGAUCGGGCCCUCGAACCCGCACCCGACGCCGAUCCCGCCCGGUGCGGCCCACGCGCCGCUAGAGGAGAACUGCGUCGACGCGUUUCCGCCCGCCGACAGGUGGUACAUGAAGAUCCUGGCGACCAAGGGCUUGACGGAGCGGCAGCGCCUCGAGGCGGCCCUCGAGUACGCGAGCUUCAUGGAGUACAAGAGCCAGGCCGAGGCGGCGCGCAGUCUCCAGGAGCUCGCCCUCGCCGAGGCCACGCGGGGCAUCGACGCGGCCGACCUCCCCUACGACGGCAAAACGCUCGCCCUCAAGGAGCGCGCCGGGUCCCCGUCGCUGAACCUGCUCGACGUGCUAGGCGCGAUGGCGAACUCCAAGGCGCGCGGCGGCGACCUGUCGGGCGCGCUACCCAUGUACGUAUCGCUCCUCAAGGCCCGCCGCGGGCUCUCCGACGAGCGGCCGCCGGCGCCACCACGCACCCAGCCCCGGCAUAACAUCCCGGUGCACCAGCGACUGCUCAACCUGCUCAGCCCUCCCGCGUACCCACCGCCGCCGCCGGACGGCACGCGGCCGCCCUGGCGCAGCCCCGAGGAGCGCUGCCAAGAGGCGGCGCUGCAGGUCUACAUCGGCGAGAUCCUGUACGCCACCUCGUCGCGCGACGACGGCCUCUCGUGGACCCGCGACGGCGUGGAUCUAGCCGAGGAGCAGCUCCGCGCGCUCGGCCCCGGCGCGGCGGCCAAAGACCCCGCCAAGAAGGCGUGCCGCGAAUGCUUGGGCGCCGGCCUCGACAACUGGCACAACAUGGUGGCGAGGCUGGCGAGGGCAGAGAGGGCCAUGGAGGCGGACAAGCCGAGCAUGUUCUCGUUCUGGGGAGGCGGGAGCGCGCCCGAGGGCCGGUGGGCGGCGGAGGAGGCCGUGGUGCAGGAGAGGGUUCGCCGCACCAAGGAGCUCAUGGAGGACGUGGCCCCCCCGAGGGACUUCAUCACCAACUGGUUCAAAGCUUGA